AUGUCAGAAAGUUCAGAGAUUAAUAUUCCAGUUGGGUUUAGAUUUAUACCAAUUGAAAAAGAGCUUGUUUGUGAUUAUUUAGCCAAGAAGGUUUCGAGUUGUACAGGAAAUAAGCCGCAGUUCUCUUCAAUGGUGGUGGUUGACAGUAGUGAUGUAUACAACAAGCAUCCAUGGCUUCUUGUGGUUUCUACUAAAGGUGCUGCUCAUAGAAUGAAUAGAGAUGGAGCGAUUUACUUUUUUGUUCCAAUGUCAAAGAAGAAUGCAAACGGUUGGAGACCUAAUCGGAGGAUUGGUGAUAUGGGUUUUUGGAAAUCCACUUCUUCAAGCAAACCAGUGAUGGAUGGUCAUGGAAAUGUGUUAGGUAUGAAGAGAAGUCUUGUUUAUUAUGUAUUUGCUGGUGAUGAUAAGAAUUCCAGUUCUAAAGAUGGAUCUAAAACAAGUUGGAUCAUGCAUGAAUAUAAUUUAGUAGAUCCAAAAAACCCUAAUAAGAAAGAGUUUCAAGAGUGGACAUUGUGUAGGAUCAGCAACAGUGGAAGAAGAAAUAGUAGUUCAACCAUGGAGGGUGAUAUUCAACCAGGGAAAACUGCCACACCAAUGAGCUGCUACUGUUCUUUAUUAUCUACUGAUCAAUCUUCUGCAUCAGGAAAUAAACUCUUCACUGAUGAAGAAGAGGAGAUAUUUCGGUUAUUAUUAAAUGAAGUUAUAUUUGAUGAUGAUCAGUUCUUACUUGACAAGGAAGAAUUCCUACUCUCCAAGAGGAAGAAGAGCGGUAGUCCAUGA